UUUAAAAACCCGCAAUGGCUUUAUUUUGAAACUUCUGAGCGGAAAUACUUGUGAAUUCAGCUAGCUUGAUAGGAAGCCUACGCAUCGAGUCUCCUUGUGGCAGCUGAUGAAACGGAUUAAUGCAAGACUUUCUACUCCAUCACUUCCUCCUUCUAAGCAAUGUGCCAGCAGGCAGGGAGGCGUGAGGAGCCCGGCUCUUUGCUCCUUCGUGCUGCCCGGGAGCCAUGGCGGAGCGGACACUGAGGAGAGACCAGCGGCCGGAGCUCAGCGGGUCCACAGCGGCGACUCAGACGAGGAACGAACCGCGUUACCUGCAGCACGACCACAACUAUUUAUGACGGAAUACAAUGGUGACGGCGAAUAAAGUUUUACACACGUAUUUAGCUGUUGUCACAGAUGUCAGCCUCAACUUUUACCUAACUGGCAUUCUGCUUCUCUGGAUGGAAUCAUAGCGGCGCGGAGUUUGUUUUGUUUUCCUGUUCUUCCCCGGACGUCUGUCCUGUAAAGCCAUCUGCCUCAGGCGUAAAUCUGGUGCGCUGUCACGCAGUGGCUCACAGAGCGCCUCUUUAAUAUUUCGAAGCCGAAUCAGCGGAGGUUAACAUGGGGGCAAAGCAGAGCAGCCCAACUGCUAAUCCAGCUGCCAAUGGUCGGACAAGAGCCUACUCCGGCUCGGACCUGCCCUCCAGCACGUCCAGCAGCAACGGCAGUAAUGUUAGCAGGACUAACGCCGGGGGCGUGAGGUACCAUGCGUACAGCGCGUCCGGAGCCUCCGGAGCCACGUCCACCACGAGCCAGCACCUCGGUGCCAGGGCCAGGUCUGUCGGGGGCUCCGGGGGCUCUGGUGGGACCAGACCCCAGUCCGGCAUCAACAUUCCAAACAGCAGCGGAGCCUACAGCUCACCGGAGUCCGGUGGCAGCAGCCCCGAGGAGGCGGCGAGCAGGGAGCGCUCGGGCAGAGGGCACGAAGGUCCCCGGCUGCUGAUAGGAUCAUUACCAGCUCACCUCUCUCCUAAUCUGUUCGGAGGCUUCAAGUGCCCUGUCUGCUCCAAGUUUGUGUCCUCGGAUGAGAUGGAUCUUCACCUGGUUUUGUGUUUAACCAAACCCAGAGUGACGUACAACGAGGACGUCCUCACUAAGGAUGCAGGAGAAUGUGCGAUCUGUCUGGAGGAGCUGGUUCAGGGAGUCACCAUCGCUCGCCUGCCCUGCCUCUGCAUCUACCAUAAAGGCUGCAUCGACGACUGGUUUGAAGUGAACAGAUCGUGUCCAGAGCAUCCAACAGAUUAAAGCUCUUUUGCACAGGUACCCCACACUGAGUGUGGCUCCUGGGAGACUGCAGGACACUGUGACCACUGUGAUCAGUUAACCACCAACCCCCCCACCCCUGAAAAAUAAUGUAGUACCAUGGUGUGCCAAAUCUCAUUAAAGCAAACUUCAGGGAUACAGACUUCAUGUUUAUGUUUGAGUUUGUACAUCCACACUCUCAGCAUGGACCUGCAGCCCCGUCACUCACAGCCACACCGGCCGUCACCACAGGCAGGACUUCCUGAGCAGCCACUGGACAGCAGGUGACAGAUGAUUGUACACCAGGACACUGGAGAAGGUGGACAUAGUCCUGGGGGUGGCGGUUCUGUCACGGCAAUGGGGUGGUGGGGGGGGUUCUUCCCUCCCCCUCCUACUCGAUCCCUCCCCUCCUCCUUCAGCAUCAGUGUCUGCCAGUGCCUUGUUGUAGUGAUGCCCAGCCACAGCAGGGCGGCACUGAGGAGUCCAGACUGUCAGCAGAGCCUGAACUCACCAGACAGGACCAUCAGGACCAUCAACACCAUCAGCACCAUCAGCACCAUCAGCACCACCUCACCACAACUGCUGCUCCACCCAGUCCAGGAGAAACAAGCCAGAGACGGGACAGCAUGUCUGCAUCAGCAGCUUGGACACUUUCAGAGCUGACACUGCUGCGCAAAUGGUGCCAACACACACACACACACACACACACACACACACACACACACACACACACACAUGCACACACACGCACACACACGAUCAUCAGUGCUCUUUUAUGGUAAACCAUGUUGUGGAGGUCUGCAGAUACAGAGACCUGUCCCACGACCUGGACAGGGCGUCUGAGAUCAACCUGAACCUGCAGCAGCUUGUUGCCGCUACGGAGACAAAAAAUAUUAUCUCAGUUUCUUGUUAUGAGAACAUUUUCUUGUUUUAACUGGAUGAUUUUUUUCAUGUUACAAUAACAUGUAACAACAUGUAGAAGUGUUUCACUAUGUUAAAAGAAACGUUUCUUAUUUUAAAGAGAUUAUGUGAAAUAAUGGGAUCUGAUAUUAACAGAAAAAUCACUUUAUAAUAACAGUUCAGUGUGUAGUAAUAACAAAAACAUCAUAACCUGAAAAAUAUUUCCUUGUGCAAGAUAAUCUCAAAACAGGAAAGUUUUGGAGUCAAUUUUUCUUUCUUUUUUGUCAAAUUUGCUCUGUUUAUUUUGUUUUCAUAACAAUAAUCUUCUGUUGUUUUCAUCAAGUCAGUCAGAGGCAGAUAUUAAUCUGAACAUGUUCAUUCGUUUAAUAAGUUGAUCAUUUUUGUAUCAACUGAGAAUGAACAGGUUCUUACUCAGAGUAAAACAAUGUUUUGACUUUCACAUUUGCUGCAUUAGAGGAGGAAUAAACACCAGGUCAGUGAUGAUCACAGCCCGACCUCCUUUAAACAGGUGACAACUGUCACAGAUGAAUUCAAUGAUAAAAAACAUUAAAGGAUGGACAUAAAAAAGAAAUAAAAAUGUAAAAAAAUAAAUAAAUAAAUGCAGUUUUUGGGGCAUUUUUAGUGUAGCAAACAUUUUUAAAUUUCUGACAGUGCUCGAUUUGUUCUAAUGAUGAGCACCUGACACUGCUCACCUGUUUAAUGGAGGUUGGACUGAUCAUCACUGACAAAGGCACCAGCUGAUGUUUCUGUGCAUUACAAAGAAAUAACCAUUGACCAAAUGUGAACUUCAAGAUAUUAUUUUUUAAGUAUUUUUGGGUGAUGCCUUCACUGACAGUUGGCAGUAGAGGGAUGUGAAAGGUCUCCAGUCAGACAUGAACCAGGCACGAUGUGGUUCAUGGUUGGCACCUGAACCCUCAGGCCUCUGUCAUGGGGUGACAGGUCAGGACUGAGGGAGACUGGAAAGACUGGACCUGACACACUGAUCCAGUCACAGGUCCAGUUAUGAACACAAAGGCCACCUGAAAUUGUUCAUUUCCAACUCCAUCAAAAACACACAUCCACUGCUGAAGCAGUAGAUAAACUCUGUCAUAUCAUAUUAAUGGUUUUAUUUACAGUACAUGCAAUACAAAAUAUGAUCAGUCUAAGUCUUGGUCAUAUUUUGUUUGUGCUGCACUCAGCUGACCUGCAGUCACACCAUGUCCUUAUGUAACACUGUAAUCACUCCUGUUCAUACCGGACAUUAAGAGAUCGCUUCUUCUAAGUGAUGGGUGCAGAAACCCUGAAAGGCAAGUGACAGUUGUUUUUUUGCCAGGAUAAUUUAUCCAGUUGUUUCUUUCAUCUGUGAAAUAACCCCCAAGAGGCAAGUGUUUUUUUUUUUCUAAUUUCUAAAAAUUCACUUGCCUCUCGGGAGUUGUUUAUACAGAAACAAAACUAGAAAAACUAUCCUGGCAAAAAAUAAAUAAAUCACUUAACCUUCAGGGCUUCCAUGCCCAUCACUUAGAAGAAGGAUAUUUUAAUGGACAGUAAAAAAAAUUUAAAGAAUUGAAAAUUAAAAAAAAAAAUUCUAUCUUCCCAGAAAAAAGAAAAAAUCAUUUGCCUCUUGUUUGUUUUUGUUCUCACAGGUGAAAACAAAAACAAAAACAUACAAAAAUGAUCCUGGCAAAAAAGAAUUUCCACCGGCCUUCAUAUGUCGGGUUGGAAUUAGUGUAAAAACCAGUUCCUGGCUUGUACAGGUCGUUAGCAUCAACCUGCAGGUCGUGAGUCUCUGAACCUCUUCAGACAUUUAUAUAUAAAGUUAGAUCUGGGGUUUUUAGGAUCUUGAACUGUACUGUGGACCAUUCCUUUUUUCUGUCUCCGGUGAGUCCCAUAACUUUAUGGAAGUGCAUUUCUAAAUGACUGGAGAAUCCCUUUAAAGGACCAUCCUGAAUGUGAUGAUACCUCUAACAAUGAAGGGUCCUCUGCUGGGUCACUGGAGUAAACUUUGGAGUUUUGGGAUCUACCCUGGCACACUCAUGACUACUGCUUCAUCAUACUGGAUAAAUACCCUGCCCCACCACACAGUGGUGUGGUUCCUCUGUGCGGUAGGUGGAGGUGAGGGCAGUAUGGACUCUUCUCUUUCUGUAGCAAAAGUCUAAACGUCUGGACUGAGUGACUCACAGGGCUCAAACUGCACCUUCAUCUUCAGUCUGACUAAACUGAUUAUUCAUCAUCAUCAUCAUCAUCAUCAUCAUUAUCAUCAUCAUCAUCAUCAUACAGCUGGUUUCUAGUGGUGUCUUCUCAUCUCUGUUGUGAAUUCUAGAGGAAACUUGCAGCAGACCAAGCCUUAAUAGAUGCGAUGACACACAGUCAUCUGUCCUUGUGGUUUUAUAUUGCUUCUAACAGCUGCCUCCAAAUGAGUCUCCGGCCCAGCCAAAGUGAAACAACUAAAGCCAUUAGUUGAUGACGAGCAUGAGGAGGUGUUGAGGAAAAGGCCACUGUUAAAUGAUUCCAUUAGCAGAGGUGUAAUCUAUGGUGUAAGAAAACUGGGAGAUUAAAAUGAAACCAAAAGAGGUGGUGGAAGACGACAAAAGAAAUCCUUGUCUGCUUAUUUGGUGUUUGUGACCCUUUCAGGGCCGUCCUCAGUCGUGCAGCAGAUAGCUAUAAUCAUUUUUCAAAGGAUCAAAAUUGGUAUGUUUAUCCCUCUGUGGCUAUUCAUUUGAAAAAUCCCAUUAGCCACUUGAAAUUUCAAAAGGCCGCCAUUUUCCAAGACGGCCUCCAUUUCUGGCAUAGAAAACACAUGUUACCCGAUGGACAGAUUUCAAUGAUUUUACAAUUGAAUCCCUUUUUGACUAUGAAGACGUCAAAUUUACAAAGUUUUAAUGUCAAUUAAAUAUUAUUUUAAAUAAUUGAAAUUAUUUUUAUGCUGACAAGGCUUUGGCCUGUCCCUUGGUAUGAUUGUUCUAAUUCAGCAGGACUUUUAAUUUGUAAAAUGUAGGUAAACUGUUAAAAUUUUUACAGGUUUCAUUUUUUUUACAGUCUACUAAAUUUUGCCUUCUACAUUGUUAAAAUGUUUGAUUUGAGACCUAGACUAUUAAUAUGGGAAAAUUGUGGGUGAAUUAUUUCCUUGCCAGAAAUGUCAGCCAUCUUGAAUCUUUGGUUGGUUAACGUGUUUUAUCAAAAGAUUAAUACCCCAGAAGGAUUAGUGCAAAGUUUAGUAUUUGUAUCAACAUUUGAAAGAUUUCUCCUGAAACGUACAGUUAUCUGCUGCGCUACAGAAUCACACUCACAUGUCUCAGUCUGGAGAGUUAGUCACUGGCUCUUUCUCCACACAUCAGCUGACUCCUGGUCAAUGACUUUGAUCAACUGUCUGUGAGCACUGCAACAAAACCGAUAACAAUACUCCAUCUUCAUGACAACCGAGCAGCUCCAUCCACGGAGGAGAUAGGAUGAAGUGGACUUUGGAUUUUUGUUUCUCAAAAAUCAAUCAGUUGUGGGUUAGAAAGAAACAAGUCUAUUGACCUAAUGAGACAGAGAUACUUAAGGUUUAUUGUGUAAACCAGUUGUCCUCAAAGGGUUGUCCGGGGAAUUGGGAAUUGGGAAACAGCUUAUGGUGGUCGUCCGUUUCAAACACUUUCUGUAUUAAAACAUCUAAAGAAAAAAUCUUUAACAGAUGUGGAACCCUGGGAUAAACUCUUUCAGCAGCUACCAUCACAUCACUGGGGCUUUCCCUAUUUGCACAUGCAGUGAGAAAUCCCCAAUGUACAGUUUUAAUGGUGUUUGGUGAGCUCAAACAGUGGGGGUGUGAGUGUGUUAGAGAUCGUGUCCAGUCCUAAAGUAAGCCUUAUAUGAACUACUAUAGAAUCAGUCAAGCACUUUUUAGGGUUUAUAAUUUAUUUCUUGCCAGUUCUGAGCCCCAUCAAGCAUUACCUAAUGACAUGUAACAGAGAAUGUGAGCUGUUCAGUGUAUGUGAUUAAAAAAAAAAGGCAAAUAUACAAUGAAUUCAAAUAUUUGUUUUAUGUAAAACUAUGUACAAAAAGAGAGUGAAUCCUGUGGACACCAUUCUCUUUUAGUUACUGCAUUUUAUGCUAUGUUCUUUUGUGUUUGAAGCUAAUCAGAAUUUUUAAGUAAAAAUUCAGACGUCGAAUCAG